UGUAGAAAUAUGGCGACACCGGGCUGGAGCAGACUACAAACUGAAAUUUUGAAUUUAUACCGACAAAGACACAUUUUAAAAAGACACCUUUCUACGUUACGCACACAGAUAACCAAAAAAUCAAUCAGUUUAGAAAGAACCAGAACAGAUAGCUGUCAUUUGUGUAUGAAACCUUUAACUUAUAGUCAGACAGUACCAUUAAGAUACAAUAGUGCAGUGAUAGCCAGUCAUAAUACCAACCCUUUUAGUCUGGUAGAGACAGAGGUGUCAACUUUAUGUGAUAAAAUUAAACAAAAGUUUGUAUCAGAAAAAGAUGAAUUAAAAGACAUAGCAGAUUAUUAUUUCGAUGGGAAAGGCAAAUUUUUCAGACCAAUGGUUGCCUUAUUAAUGGCCAAAGCUGUUAAUUUUCAUAAUACCUCAGAGGACAGUAUAUGGUCAUCACAAGAAGAAAUAGCUAUGAUUGCGGAAAUAAUACACACAGCAAGUCUUAUCCACGAUGAUGUUAUUGAUGGUUCCAACACACGAAGAGGAAAACCUACAGUUGACAGUGUAUGGGGCCAAAAAAAGGCAAUUUUAGCAGGAGAUUACUUAUUAUCUGUAUCAUCCGUGGCAUUAGCUAGACUUGGAAAUACUGAAGUAGUAGAAGUUUUAUCUCAGGUUAUAGAAGAUCUAGUCAGGGGUGAAUUCAUGCAGUUAGGCUCAAAAGAAAAUGAAAAUGACAGAUUUAAUCACUACCUCAAAAAAACUUUUAAGAAGACAGCCAGUCUACUAGCUAACAGUUGUAAAGCUGUCUCUAUUUUAGGAAAUUCUAAUGAAGACAUAUCAGAAUUAGCUUUUGAGUAUGGAAAAAAUGUUGGUAUAGCUUUCCAGUUAAUAGAUGAUUUAUUAGACUUUACAUCAUGUGAAGAAGUAAUGGGUAAACCCACUGCUGCUGAUCUCCGAUUAGGGCUGGCAACUGCUCCAGUAUUAUUCGCUGCUCAGGAUUACCCAGAACUCAAUCCAAUGAUCAUGAGAAGAUUUAAUGAAGAAGGAGAUAUAGAAAGGGCGAGGCAACUUGUAGCUAAGAGUGAUGGUGUAACACAGACCAGAAUGUUAGCCGAGGAGCAUAGUAAAGAAGCAAUUAGACAAAUUAGGUCAUUAAAACAAUCUAUACCUAGGGAUUCAUUAGAACAAUUAGCUGUUUUAUUACUACAGAGGCAAAAAUAGAUCUUCUAGGAUUUAGUAAUUUUUUUUAAAAGCAAUCAAUUGUCAUAUUUUUUAUGCCAGGGGCAUUGAAAUGAAGGUUUAAGUCAAGAGUGUCUAUUCCUAAAUUUUUGCAACAUUUAAAUAUAUUAUUUAUAUGAAAUUUUAUAUUUUCAUAAUAACUUGUAUCAAAUUCAAUAUACUGGCAUGUCUGCUAAAAUCCUAUUACAGCACAUUGACUUGAGUGUGUAGGUAAAGGUAGUAUCUUUUCUAGCUUGCUUGCUAGCUGAACCAUGAAAUCAUUAUUAGCUAAGAUACUACCUUCUUUUGGGCGGAGUCAAUAGUUAAGCAGGGAACCAAUCAAAAGUAGGAACAGUAUAUAAAUAUUGUGAAACCAUGCAGUUUUACAAGUUAGUUCAAAAAUAUGUUUUCAGAUUGUAGGUGUGUUUGAUUUGUCAAUAUCAUUUCAAUCAAUUACCUCUGUACAUUUAUAACUGGAUUGUUUUACACGUGUAAUUCAUUAUAACAUUAUGAUUUAAUUGAUUUAAAAAAUCACUUUUCAUAUCCUUAUCAUAUAUGUUUAUAUAUAUAAUAAGGAUAUCAUUAUCUUUGAUUUUGAUGUGUAUUUUUUUGGGGGGGGGGGGG